ACAACGCAAUCCACUCGUUCCCAAAUUCUGAAAGUAUACACCUGUUCGCUGCCCUAAACUUCUCUCCCUUUCAGCACCAACUAAACUUCUCUCUUCCAGAACUUAGCUAAGAGCAGUUUCUUAUUGUUUUCAAAACACAACCUACACAGUGACGGGAAUCGCUUCUCACUAUCUAGUUUAUCGUUUCAGUUCAUAUUCCUCAAAUUUGGGUUGCAAUUUAUAGACAAUGAAGAGGGCAAUGCCAUUUAACGAGCAGGUCGAUCUAUCAUCAGAUGAUUCUUCUUCGUCUGAUACAGAUUAUUAUGAAUUUAUCGGCAAGCAGUCGAACAAUGAUGUUGAAGAACCUGCCAAAGAAAUAACACAUGAAGAUGCAAUGUUCAGAAAGGCGCAAACGUAUCAAGAAUACAUGAAGCAGAUCCCAGUCCCAACUCAUCGCGGCUCUGUUAUUCCGUUUACAUCAUGGAUGGGAUUGGCUGAAUCCGUUAAGAAGUUAUACGGGCAACCCCUGCACUACCUGACUAACAUCCGCCUAAAACAGUGGGAUCAAAUGAGGAUCGGCGCCAAGGAUGAACAUAUACCAUUGGACACUAGUUUUCAUCCUCUUAAAGCUGAAGCCAGUAUCUGGCUUAUUGAAGAAGUUCACCGGCUCACCGUGUCUCAUCAUCAUCUAGCUAAACUCUGGCUGGCUGACCCAAUGUACCAUGCUUUUAUCGAUCCCAUUUUUCCGAAAAUAUGAAGCUUUAUCACACAGAGAUCCUUUGUGUCCCUUUUUUAAGGCUUAGAUUUAAUUCAUGAGUUUGAUUUUUGCAAGUUUCAGUUUGUCAUUUUUUGUUGAAUUUUUAUGUGGUUAUUUCUUUCACUGGAAGAAGAGAACCCUUUGUUAUAUAACCCGUGUCUGGAAAUGGGGAGAAACAGGACUCAUGUAGCACAUUUCAAGCUUUGUUGAGUUGAUUGGUUUGGGAAAAGUGGACAAACAGGACUCAUAUAGCACAUUUCAAGUGGUGUUGAGUUGUGUCACGAUCCGUCCCAAUCCGUGUAGAAAUUGUCCUCAAGAUGCAUCUACACAGUUAAGCAGUUUUCACACGUAUAUAUGUCAUCAAACAUUUUUCCAAAUGACAUGAGACGUCACAAUCACCCUUACAGUGCCAAUAAGAUUUUCGAACACGGGCAUACCCUUUAAAAAGCUGGGUGUUCUACCAACCAGGUGAUGUCCCCGACAAUACAAAUAAAAGAAUUCUUUUUUAAUAGAAUAUCUGGGAGUGGAUUGAUUUGGAAUAGUUUUAUCACUAGUUUUAACAGUACAAAGAUGAACCAUUCUUUUUCAAUCAAAUCAGAAUGAUGGGAAUCUCUCUCACUCAAAGUAAUCUACUUUUCCACUUAUCAAAAAAAAAAAAAAGUAAUCUACUUUUCCAUACAAUCACAUGUUUUAGUAAAGUAAGAGGACUUCAAUUUAACCUUUUUCAUGUUUUCAUCUACCUUUAUAUCCUAAUAGAAUCUAUACUCAAGAACAUAAUGCACCUCAAAAUAGAGAACUUCCAUAACUAGCUUUUCCAAGAAACAUAUCCACAAAAACAAACAUUGUUAGGUUUCACCAUGAAGAAUUCAAGUCACUUGACCAUCUCUGUCAUUGCCAUCAUCAUUUUUUCAACAGCCAAUGGAAGCCAAAUUACCAGCAUUGCCCUCCAAGGAAACCGCUCUUACUCAAUUCAGAUUGAGACAACAUGUGCACCAGCUGCAGAAACCACAGACACCAUUAGUCUCAGGUUCAGCGACUCGGCUGGGGACUUGGUCAUAAUCAAGCACCUUAAGAACCCGAAAUUGCUAUAUGCUCCAAAAGGAGGCUCGAGGAGACAUGGUGGCGCAUAUGGUGGGUUCGCGAGGUGUGCCGUAGAAAUGUUUGAGGUGAGUGGAGCCCGCAUGGGCGGCAGAGUUUGCGCGUUGUAUCUUAAGAGGUUCGGGUCAGAUGGGUGGAGGCCUGGCUGGGUGAAGGUGCUUCGUCGACAGGAUAAUGGCCGUGAAGUGCCGGUGUCAUAUAUGUUCUAUUUCAGGACAUUUGUACCAGGAAAUGUUUGGUAUGGGUUUGAUUAUUGUCAAUCUAGAGGGGGAUUUGUGCCUCAUGUUGCUACUUUUGGUUCCUAGGUCCAGUUGGAAGAAUGUAGCAAACCUUGUUACUAUUGAUUGUUUGUGCAUCAUUGAGAAAAUGUUAUUUUAACAAGGACAAUAUUUUCCUUUGAUAUA